AUCAGUGACUGACCAAUCACAGAUCAGUUAAUGGCGCAGAUAACACUGUGCUGUAAACAGAAUAAAUGCCGAGCUGCUGCAGAUCCUUAUAGAUAUAAAAAACAAGCUGUCAGACAGUAUGGCCAAGGAAAAUACUGGAGGACUUUGGGAUUCAUUGAAGAAAGCCGCUUUUGUCAUUGGAUCUGGACUUUUCUUCCUGGUCGCAUUUAGGAACUCAGUAACAUGGCAUUUGCAGAAGUUUUGGGGAGCAUCUGGAGAUUUCUGGCAGACACAGUGGACUAAACUUCACUUGGCCUUUGGAGAAAAUGAGGCUGCCUUGUUUUUUAGUGGAACCAUGUUGGUACCCACUCUUUCUUUUUGGUUGUUUAAUGCCCUCCUGAUGGUGGUUGACACAACUGGGAAACCAAACUUCAUCACUCGCUAUAGAAUCCAGGCGGACAAAAACAAUCCGGUGGAUUCGACUCGGUUGCGUAAUGCAGUGAAAAAGGUGCUUUUCAACCAGGUCUUUCUGUCAGGACCGCUGGUGGUGCUGACCUACAUGGUGAUGAACUGGCGUGGCAAGCCGUGUGCUCCUGAGCUGCCCACUUUUCACUGGGUCCUGUUGGAGCUGGCGUUCUGUGGCCUUAUGGAGGAGAUACUGUUUUACUACACUCACAGGCUUGUUCACCACCCAUCGCUCUAUAAGAGCAUCCAUAAGAUCCAUCACGAGUGGACGGCUCCUGUUGGAGUCGUGGCACUCUAUGCACACCCAGUGGAGCAUGUGCUGUCUAAUAUGCUGCCGGCUCUGAUUGGUCCAGUGCUGCUGGGCUCACAUCUGGCCACCACCAGCCUUUGGUUCACCAUCGCUUUACUGGUAACAACAGUGUCACACUGUGGUUACCACCUGCCCCUGCUGCCUUCGCCAGAGUUCCACGACUUCCACCACCUCAAGUUCAACCAGUGCUAUGGAGUGCUGGGUGUGUUGGACAGACUCCAUGGGACAGAUGACAAGUUUCGUAAUUCAAAGGCAUACGAGCGACACAGUGUAUUACUGAGUCUGACCCCUUUGACCGAGAGCAUACCCAGUGAUACAAAGAAAUCGCAAGACUGACCUUGGAUAUUUAAUGUCUUUGUUUUUUCACCUUUGGAGCUGUGCUGAUAUGGUCUCCAAGGCUUUAUAAAUUGAUCAAGAUGUUUGCCAACAUCAGCAAGUAUAAUGGAUCUGAAUUCACAAUCAGUUACUGUACUAUGGGCCCACAUUCCUGCUUUUAUCAAUCUUUAUUGCUGUAUUAAGGUUCAAAUUUUGUCUUUUAACAUAAAGAUUUUUAAUAUUGUCAAGAUCAAGCACAUUCAGUUCAUUCAAAUCAGCUCUGUUGAUUUUGCACUGUCAUUGUAUGAGUUCAGGGUUCACGUUCUGUUUUAUGCACUCAAAUGACCUGUUGUCAUGAAGAGAUAUCCUCACAAAGCGUUCUUUUCGCAAGAUAUUCUUGUAAAAGUCGUGAAGUGUGGAAUGGUGUGUUUUACUGUUAAUUCUCAGUGUCAUAACUUUUUGGGGGGGGCCGGAUGAUUGAUGCUAUAUGUUAGUAAUUGAAAUGUACUAACAGAAAUAACAUUUCCAUUGUCUAAUAGUUGUACACAUAACUGACUAAAUACUAUCUAAUAUAAAUAUUAUAACUUGUAAAAAUGUAUACGUUUGUAAAAUAUUAAAAUUGCUACACCACAAUUUUUUUUAUUAUUUGGCCUUGAUUAUCUGGACUUGUUUUCAGUAAUGACUUAUAAUAUGCAUUAGUUUCUGAUAAUGUUUUGACCUUUUAACAUGUGUUGCUGUAAUAAACAAUAAUAAAUUACCAACACUCUACAUUGUGCCCCUAAGUAAAGAAAAAAAAACCUGAACUUUG